AUGUGUAGGAAGAAGAGGGUCCAUAUCGAUGACCUCUGCACUACAUCACCAAACGAGAAAAGCCUACUUUUGCAAUUUAUUGCAGCGAUAUUGUGUACAUUUAGUUUCACAGGUCAGAACGUGGCAUUCCAAAAAGGUCCUUUUCUGCGUCAGAACCACGCGUUUCCUACACCAACACGUAUCAUCGGGCCUCUCUUACCAUUAGGGAAGGGAGAGGAAGAGAAAUUCAAAGAUGUAGGUGCCGUUGGGGCCGUGAAAGCAUGGCACGUCGAAGGAAGGGUAUGGAUGUGGAUAAGAGAAGGAAAAGAAGAAGCAGUGUGGCGAAUGGGAAGGGUUGAGUAA